AUGCCUCACACCACUCGAGGUUCUCCCAAGCGGAAACGCCUCCGACGAUACUUCUCCGCCUCUGCCGCUACUGGCGCACGCUGGAACCCCAAGCUCCUUGCUGUUCCCGGGGGCUCUUCUUCGUCCCAGCCGCGCAAACGGAGCGCAUCUGUCUCCAGUGACGAGACCUUCGACUUUCCGCCCGACCACACUCAAGAUAACUUCCAGCCCGAUGAGUACGUGUAUAAUGAAGCUGCCCACGCCUUCUCCUCGCGCAAUAUCCAUCCCGAGCCCACCCCACAACGCCAACCGUUGACCUAUGCGUCUCUGCCUCCCACUCCGAUCUCGCCUUCUCCGCCCCUUCAGCCCACCCUUACAGCCCCUCUUCCUUCGUUCCCGAGUCUUGACUCCAUCCACGAGCCUCCUUUUUCAAUAUGGGACUAUCUACGGGAAGAGAUUCUGGCUACCGACUUCGACUCUCACCAGGAGCUCAAAUGGGAACGAGUGGGAAACUUCCUCCGAAUGCCCAUUGCGCUCGAGAAGAUCUUCUUCUUCGGCUUCAUCGUUUGCCUCGACUCUUUCAUGUACACCUUCACCAUCCUCCCCAUUCGCUUCGUCCUUGCCGCCUGGCGACUCUCCCUCAAUACCUUCUCCUGCAGUGCACCAGCCCUUCCUCCGUCCCAAAAGGCAGACCUGUUGCGUGCUCUGCUGCUUGUCCUCUCUGUCGUUGUCCUUGCUCCGUUGACGGAUGCCAGCAAGCUCUACCACUUUAUUCGGGGCCAGGAGACCAUCAAGCUCUAUGUCAUCUUCAAUGCGCUCGAGAUCGCCGAUCGUCUUUGCGCCUCAAUAGGCCAGGACGUGAUAGACUGUCUCUUCUCCCGAUCGAACCUUGAAGCUAUUUCCCAUAGAAAGCGCCCCACGUCGCAAUUGCUCUGGACCUUCGUCUACUUCAUGCUCGCCUUGGUCUACACAGUGUCACACGCCCUUGUCCUCAUGUAUCAGAUGAUUUCACUGAACGUAGCAGUAAACUCCUACGACCAUGCACUCCUCACUCUUUUGGUGUCCAAUCAAUUCGUCGAGAUCAAGGGCAGCGUAUUCAAGAAGUUUGAAAAAGAUAACCUCUUCCAGAUCACAUGUGCAGAUAUCGUGGAACGUUUCACCCUCGUUCUCAUGUUGAUUGUUGUCGCCUUCCGCAACCUCAUAGAACUCUCGGGGUCUACCUUUACUUUCGGUGAAGGUUUCGCCUUGCCCACGAGCUUUGGCUGGUUCCGCGGAAACAACGUUGUGUGGACCAUCUCAUACCCUGUACUUACGGUCAUGGUCUCAGAAACUCUGGUGGACUGGCUUAAGCAUGCCUUUAUCACCAAGUUCAACCACAUCCGGCCCUCAGUGUACGAACGCUACACCGACGUGCUCUGUCGUGACCUCGCAAGCGGGAGCGCGGUCGGUCGCCGUGGGGCUCGCAAGCACACCUACGUUGACCAGUCCCCUCUGGUCGCUCGGCGUUUGGGCUUCGCGUCCCUGCCCCUCGCCGUGCAUGCGAUCCUCAUCGGCUACCAGUCCGUGGCGCUCCUUAUUUCCAUGCACGCCGACGAGUCCCCGCUCUGGACGCGCCCGUGGAAUGAGUACACGCCGAACGACUGGACGAACUUCGCCAAAUGGGCCGCCCUCGCCGUCCUCUGUUGGGGCUGCUUCCUCGUCCUCAAGAUCAUGCUCGGCGUCCAGCUCGUCACGUACGCCACUCGCCGGCGCGCCGGCAUGGAGGCGCGCGAGGACGUAGACAAGAUCAACGACUUUGGGCGCGAUCCGAUUGGGGAGGGCAAGGAAGAGAAGAGGUACAACAAGGAGCUCAAGGGGCUCCUCGACAGCACACGCGACGACGCGAGCCCCGUACCCGACAUUGGCGAGCGCAAGCCGGGCGACCCCGGGGGAAAGAAGAAGCGGCUGCAGCUCGACGAGAUUACGCGCUUCACGAUGGUCAAGCGCAUCUGGUGA